AUGGUCUCCGCCAGUUAUGAGAUGUCAUUAUGCAAUCUUGCAUUCCUUUCUUUCCGUAGGUUGCAAAUGAAAGAUCGGACCACAUACUUCUUGAGUUUGGAAGGAGUUGAAGGAGACUGCGUUGAUAACUAUGGAAUGAGAGAAUUCCAAUCAUGGAAGAUCAUAGGCAUUGUGUGGAACCGGUACAUAGCCUUGUCCCAUAAUUUCAAUGAGAACUCAAAUGACGGAAAAGAUGUUCCUUUGUUUCCAACAUAA